AUGACCUCGAUCCGCAAGUCUGCGUCAGGAACAGGAGUGGAAAGGAUCGAAAUCAUCAAUCAGCUCCUGCUGCCGCAUACGGAGGAAUGGAUCGAGAUUGACACGGUGGAGAAGGCAUGGGAUGCGAUUCGCAGUAUGAAGAUCCGUGGCGCCCCGGCCAUCGCAUCUUUAGCGGCGCUUUCUGUUUCUCACCAUGUUGCUCGGGCUCUGGAGAGCGGGGCAGAAUGGUUAUCCUCACCCGCAGCUGUUCGUGAUCAGGUUCAACCUCUCCUCGAUUACCUUUGGACCGCACGGCCCACGGCCGUCAAUCUUGGUGCGGCGACGUCAAGACUUUCCGCAGUGCUCAACCAUGGUGUCGAGAAGUCCGGCGGACAUGGCGGAGAGCAGGAAGCACGAGAGCUUGCCCAAGAGGUCAUUCGAGAGGGCAUAGCGAUCGAUGAAGAGGACGUUGGCAGGAAUCGUGAGAUGGGCAAGCAUGGCGCGACGUGGUUGAUUGAACAAGUCGAAUCGGCGGGGAGCAGUGGCGAAGGACUGAAUGUUAUGACCGUUUGCAAUACGGGCAGCUUGGCCACAAGCGGUUAUGGCACCGCUCUGGGUCUCAUCACUCGACUCUAUGAAACGGGGAAAUUAAACAGGGCGUAUUUCACGCAAAGCACGCCGUAUCAUCAAGGUUCAAGAUUAACAGCGCUUGAACUCAAAACACUCGGUAUUCCAUCAACGAUGGUCUGCGACUCCAUGGUCGGAUCCCUGUUCCAGCACCAUCGCAUCGACGGCAUUGCUGUCGGCGCAGAUCGUAUAGCAGCUAAUGGAGACACUGCGAACAAAAUCGGCACGUACAACGCCGCUGUCCUUGCCAAGCGUCAUGGCAUUCCCUUCAUCGUGGUCGCGCCGGUGUCGACCGUCGAUCUGGCAACGUCGGACGGAAGCAAGAUACCGAUAGAGCAGCGGCCCCCGAUCGAAGCGUGCGUUGUGCGUGGAGCGGUGUUUGACAGCAAAACGGGCAAGAAGGUCGGGGAGGAGCAAGCCAGCGUGAUGAUCACGCCAGAGUUGCCUCCAGAUGGCGUAUACAACCCUUCAUUCGACGUGACACCCGCGGAGUUGAUCACCGCGAUCGUCACCGAAAAGGGAGUGGCAACUCGUGCAGAGGGAGCAACGAGCUUCGAUCUUUCCAGCAUAGUAUGA